ACCUCCCUUGUGAUUUUGGCCUCCCCAUUAUCGACUAACUAUUUUUCAUUAACUGUCUUCUUCAAUUUUAAUAUCUUGUUAAACAAUUCAUUCGGUGUUUUGUAGAGCCCACCAUAGUAUCAUUUACACUCUCAACAUCCGUAGGAAACCUAACAUCUCUAGAUCUCCCUUUUUACACAUCAAAUUUUCACCCUCCUUUCCCUUUAUAUAAAGGUAUACCAACACUUUGCUUUUAACUUAUUAGCUUCCAUUACCACUGCUCUCUCUCUCUCACUACCUCCAAUCACAUGUACUCUGCCUACAUGAUGAUGUAAAUUCUGGUUUUCUUUAGUCUUCUUUUCUGUCCUCAGUUCAAGGCUAUGUAGCUAACGUAGCCGCAAACACCACUCUGUAGAGCAGACUGGAUGAUGAGAAUAUGUUAGCUGAUUCUGACUCAACAUCAGCACCCUUAGCUGAGAUACAAAAUUUUACGUUAUUUGUUAGUUCAUGGAAUGUUGGAGGCAUUGCACCACCAAACGACUUGAACAUGGAGGAAUUGCUUGAUACUCGAAACAACUUGGCUGAUAUUUAUGUUCUCGGGUUUCAAGAAAUUGUACCGCUGAAUGCUGGAAGUGUUAUAGUGCCAGAGAAUACAACUAUAUGCAUGCAAUGGAAUUCUCUUAUUAGCACAGCUCUUAACAAGUUAGAUGUCAACAACAUAACCCUUCAGGAGGCAGAGGAAGAAGAAAGUGUAAAAGUUUACCCACUAAAGAAAGGGAGUUCCUUGAAGUUCAAUGUAGAAAACUCAACACAAUUUGAAUGCAUAAUUAGCAAGCAAAUGGUGGGAAUAUUUAUUACAGUAUGGGCACGGUCUCCACUCCUUCCCUAUAUCAGUCAUACAAGUGUCUCCUGUGUAGGCUGUGGUAUUUUUGGCUACCUUGGAAACAAGGGUUCAGUCUCGGUUAGAUUUUGGUUGCAUGAAACAAGCUUCUGCUUUGUAUGUAGUCAUUUGGCUUCCGGAGGAAAAGAAGGAGAUGAGAAACAGAGAAAUGCAGAUGCCACUCAAAUACUAUCACGCACAAGAUUUUCUUGCGACUCAUUUCAGUAUUUGCCAAGAAAAAUUCUACAGCACGAGGUGAUUUGGCUAGGCGACCUGAAUUAUAGGAUUUACUUACCUGAAGCCACAACAAGAUCAUUAGUCAAUGACGGGCAGUGGAGCAUCUUACUACAAAAUGAUCAGCUGAAGGCCGAGCUAAGAGAAGGUUGUAUUUUCAACGGCUGGCAAGAGGAAGAUAUUGAGUUUGCACCAACAUAUAAAUAUCAUCCAGAUUCUGAUGAUUAUUAUGGCUGCUGUCAGAAUGGGAAAAGAGGAAAGAGUCGAGCCCCAGCUUGGUGUGAUCGGAUCAUAUGGUUUGGCAAGGGACUGAAGCAAAGCCAGUAUAAUAGAGGUGAGUUUAGAUUGUCAGACCACAGACCAGUACGGGCAAUUUUCAAGGCAGAGGUCAAGGUUCCAUCACCUUUACAUUAGAUGACUUAGAAAGCCUUGUUGAACAGUUUUUACCAUUCGUGAAGCAGUUCUAAACUUCUAGUAAUGGCAAUAGUGAUUGUUCAAUAACAACAUACCCAGUGCAAUUCUACAAGUGGGGUCUGGAGAGGGUAGAGCGUGUACAAACCUUACCCCUACCUUAGAAGAUAGAGAGAUUGUUUCUCAUAGACCCUUGGCUCAAGAAGAAGCAUAUCAAAGCAGUUCGGGAAUAGUGAUUAUUGUGUAUGGUAAAUACACUAGAACAUCAGAAAUAUUCAAACAAAACCACCAGCUAGCAGAACGCAGUUUACUGGAUAAAGGAACAGUGAAAAAAAGAAAUUAAGAGCCUAGAAUUUGGGUCCGAAAUGAUGAGGAAAACUUGUAUACUUACUAAAGUUUCGUGUUAUAGGUUUCUCUUUUGUCGCUACAGUAAGGGCAGCAAGGGGAUGAUGAAUUACUGGCUGAUUCAUUCCAACCUUUUUAUUUAUUUGCAAAUAAGAAGAAAAAAAAAGAGAGAAGGGUUGUGGGAAGGUGAGGCAAGCAUAAUUUGUUGAAUAACCUUUUAGGAAACAUGAAUUUCCAUAUUGAUCCAGAAAGGGAAUAUAAGGUUACAUUCAAAAUACAUGCGGCAAAAGAAACUAUAAAAUGCACAGCCAAAAAAAAGAAGUGAUUAAGUGCAUGUAGAUUAUUGUACAUUAACGAAAACAAAAAGUACAAAUGUUUUCGCCAUGACAGAGAGUUUGCAUAUUUGCAUUUCCAUUUACACAAUAGCAGAAAGGGAAAGAACAAACUACUGGUAGUUGUUCAAUUGUUGUAAACAACAGAGAAGUUCAUAAGAUGCACGCAAAAGGCAAAUACCCCAAUUACUAUGCUGAGAGGCAAUUCAUAUAGAAAGACAACCAACAUUCAGAUUACUCAAAGUUCAGGUCAUUGUAAUAAGCAAAAUAUUUAGCAUGAAUACAAAUGCGAACUGAACAACACCCAAGUAGCAUAUGUCCAACUAAACAAACUUGCUUUACUGUCAUCCUUUUUUCUGAAAAGAUCGGUAGCUCUAAUUUUCUAUUAAACUUCCAUCUAAUUCUCUAA